AUGUCUGCCAAAGUCGAGGAAAUGCCCGAGCAAAAGCCUGUCAAGGUCGAGGACGUUGCUGAGCAACAACCUGCUGCUGAAGCUGCUGGUGAGCCUGAAGCUGCCCCUGCUGUUGAAACCCCCCAAUCGCGUGGUGAAAAGAAGGCUCGUAAGGCUAUCCUUGGUCUUGGCUUGAAGCCUGUUCCUGGUAUCACUCGCGUCACUUUCACUCGUGCCCGUGGUAUCGUUUUCGCUAUCGGCAGACCCGAAGUUUUCAAGAGCAACAACUCGGAUACCUACAUCGUCUUUGGUGAGGUCCAAAUUGAAGACAUGCGUGCUCGUGCACAACAAGCUGCUGCUCAACAACUCGCUGCUGAAGCUGCUGCCAAGGCUGAGGAGACCGAAGCUAACGCUCCCUCCACCGCUGCUGCCGCCGAAUCUUCUGCCGCCGCUGAAGAGGAUGAUGAUGAGGAGGUUGACGCUACUGGUAUUGAGGAAAAGGAUAUUGACUUGGUUGUCAGCCAAGCCAACGUUUCUCGCAACAAGGCUGUCAAGGCUUUGAAGAACAACAACAAUGAUAUCGUCAACGCCAUCAUGGAAUUGACUAUGUAA